AUGUGCAGUAUUGGGGCUCUCUAUCGCUUAGAUCGCCGUCGAGCCCGGCGUCUUUGGGAUCUUGCGCUGAGGCUGAUUGAGCCAUUGUACGCAAAGAUGCGGCGUCAGCUGGAACAAGAUAACGCGGACCUCCUGAGUUCAACAUGGGCAGACUGGGUGCAACGCGAAUCAUGGAAGAGACUCCUUGGUGCCAUUUAUGUGACAAACACGGUCAACACCAUCAUCUACGGCCUCAGUCCUGCCUUCAAUGCCAGUCAAGAUCUAGAAAUUGAGCACUUCCAUGACGAGAACCUCUGGAAUGCGUUAUCGGCCAAUGAGUGGCGAGAACUGCGAGCCGCUUACAGAAAGAAGAACUCAAGAACCACCAAGGACAUUCUGAAAGAUGUUUUAGCCGAGAACACCGAUGAUUCCAGUUUCGAAUCAUACAACAUCUCACCAUUCUCUGCGCUCAUCCUGGUACAUGCUAUCCUCAUACACACCUGGCAACUCUCCCAACUCUCGGAAACCUCAGCGAUUUUCUCCUUUCGUUCAAUGACUGGGACUUCCUCUCUAGGGAGCUCUCUUCUCUCAAAUGCCUUAAUCUCUCUGGACAGGUGUCACGGGCUACUGAAGCAAACUCGAGAAGGUCAGCUUGAGGAUAUGGACGACAACGACAUCACGUCGCUAUGUUUCAGCUCACAUGCGAUCCUUAGAGCCGCCUACAUCCGGCUCUUUGAUAACACUAAGAGUUUCGACCGUCUCUGUCUGCUCGCUGAAGACCCAAGCACCAUUAACAGCAACGUCACCACGUUCGCGAACACGAAGCUAGAUAGGAACAUCGACUGCGUGAAGGUCAUCGAGAAGACGCUGGAGGGUAUCCAGCUACCAGUGAAGAUGGGCCACAUGCUCAUACGUAAGACAGCUGCUUUCCGAUGGAGCAUAGAGCAUGCGGUUGCAGCUUGGGACAAUGUACUAUUCACCACGAAAUGGGCUCACGCGAUCGAAUUAGACAGGAGAAGGGGCAUCGAGCCCAGUGCAGCUGAACUAGGCCUGCUCAUGAAGAUCACGGACGUACUCGAGGAAUCGGACUAUGACACGGAUGAGAGCACAUCCCUCGCUGCAGGCUUAGCUAAAACUUGCAGUCUAUUCCUUCAAGACGUAUGGGUAUGGGGUAUCACAGUCAGGAUGGGCGAUAUUCUAGAGCGAUUGGCACGGGCAUACGAGCGAGAGAUGGAGGCUGCUGGGCCUGCAUGUCAACCACAAAACUAG